AUGGCAGACCGCACCAGGACAAGGGUUGGAAUCAUGGUAGUAGGACCAGAAAUAGCGGAAAAUCCAGGGUUUCCCGAUAUCUCCAGUUGCACGAACACCACCCACAACGUCUGGGCAAUGAGCGUGGACAUGCCGGACUCCACAAUGAUCGAGAUAAGCGGGCGGAGUUUGUACGAGCCUAUUGUCGGAGGUCCAUCGAGGGACUGGGAGCGGUGGAGAAGAACGAUUUUUAAUACAAGCAGUGAUGUUACAGCGGCGUUGACGCAGAGGGAGAUGGAGAAGGAUGCGAGGGCAAGUUUGAACCACCAUGAAGGGACUCGGGCACCUGUGUCAUUAGGUCCCAAAACGAGGUACUGGAUCGUUGUGGUGAUUGCGAGGACUGAUAAGUAA